AUGUACAUCACCCUCUACUACAUAGUCAUCCGGCUCCCUGACUGCCUUCGCUUAGUCAGGGACCACUUCCUCUCAGUUUGCCCCACCACACUCACCGUUGACCUCCUCGAGGAACGCCUCCUAGCAGUAGAGAAGAGCAUAGUCGAUGUAGAAGCCUCUCGUGGUGACCCUCCCACCCUUGUCUUUGAGGGGUGUUCCCCCUCCCCCCUCUUGCCCUGUGUUGCUUCUGCUGCUGCGGCCGACCUCGUUGGUUUCGAGUCGGUCGGCGCUGCGUCUGCCCCUAGUGGGAGACGCCGCACCGGCAAGGGCAAGGGGGGCAAGGGCACUAGAGGGGCUGGCGGGGGUGAUGAAGGUGGUGGUGGAGGCAGUGGAGGGGGUGGGGGUGGAGUGGGAGUGGUGGCGGGGGUGGAGGUGUCAGUGGCAGCAGUGGAGGCGGAGGAGGCGGCGGCGGUGGCGGAGGGAGCGGAGGCAGCGGAGGUGGCGGAGGCGGCGGAGGAGGCAGAGGAGGCGGCGGCAGCGGUCGAGCUGGUCGCGGCUUUGCGCAAAGGAGUGGGUCCGGUGCGAGGUGGGGGUACUGGACCCUGCACCUACGUCCUCCGUACCGGCGACUGCGCUGGUGAGCAAUGCGGGGGCCCGCACUCCACCCAGCGCUGCUUCGGCCGCCUGACAAACGUGUGGCGUCACCAAUUCUCUGACGCCUCUGAGAUCCCUUGCGGGGGAGAGCUAUCUAGGGCGGGGGUUGCUAUCUUUGAUCUUGAUUAUGAUGCUAUUCUUGCUGCCAUGUAUGCUGUGUCUAAUAGUGAUGAGGGUGACUGUUACCUGUGUGUUCCGCCUGACCCGGGCAUUGAGGCUGCUGCUCUAGGUGCUGGUGUGGCUGCUGCUCUAGAUGCUAAAGCGUCUGCUGCCCCAGGUGCUAGUGAUUCUGCCCUCUCAGGUACCACGUCGGCUCAUGCCCUACACAUCUUCACCCUUGACUCGGGUGCUUCCCGCUCCUUCUUUCGAGACCGCACCACUCUUACGCCACUUAGUCGGCCGGUUGCAGUCUCCCUGGCGGACCCCUGUCAGGGUCCUGUCCUUGCUAGCUUCUCCAUUGUCUUACCGUAUCCGGCAGCCCCCUCUGGCACCCUGUCAGGUCUCUACCUCCCCUCGUUCUCUACAAACUUGGUGAGUGGAGCUGAUCUACAGGAUAAGGGGGGUUGA